AUGGCAGACAAUCUCGCGCCUGUCACCGCUUUUGCAACAAGCCGGCGGCACCAGUUGAUAGUCAUCUCAUGCUACACGCGUUUUGAUAACCUAGCACAUGGUCCCCGGGGGAGAGAGGCCAAGAAGAGUCUCUACACCUUCUGGAUGGACACCAGCGAUGGCCAGCUUGUGCUGCUGUCUGUUGUCAAGGAAGACUGCAUGAACCCUGCCUUCUCUCGCUGGCAUCCGAGGCUUAACGUCAUGUACACCUGCACGGAGUCGGUAUCCGAGAAUGGUCAGAUUGACACUUGGAGUGUCGACCCCAAGACUGGUCAGCUCUGCAACAUUGGCAACUUCGAUGCUGGGGGAACUUCAACCUGCUACAUUACCCUGGACAAGGCCUGCGAGAACAUGCUGGUGGUUAACUACUGGAAUGCCACUAUCGGCGUCUUUGGGCUUGACAAGCAAACGGGUGCUGUAAGCUGCCGUCGCUCGCUCUACGAUCCCAAUGAGGGACGGCCCAUGAAGGCCCGCCACGAUGCCCAUGUGAACCAUUCGGAGAAUGAUCCGAAUGCUCAGCAGGAGCGUCAGGCAGAUCCGCACUCACAUGCGGUGAUUCUCGAUCCCUUCUAUGGCAGGAUUGCCUAUGUGCCAGACCUCGGCAUGGACCUCAUCCGGCAGUUCUACUACGACCCAGAGGCUGGGGAGCUCACUGCUGUGGGCACCAUGUCUUCAGGGCCGCCAGGUCGCAAAGCCUUGGGCCCUCGAUACAUUGAGUUCCACCCGACGCUGCCCAUUUGCUACGUUGUCAAUGAGUUAGCUUCCGACAUCUCUGUCUUUGAGUUCGAUCGCGAGGCUACAGAGGCCAUUAUUCGAGGCGGUCGUCAAGGUGCAAGCCAGGCGCAGCCGACCCUUCGCCUGGUUCAGUCAGUUCGGACCAUUCCAGAUGCGUUCCCCGGGGAAGCGAAUACCUGCGGCCGCGUGGCCGUACACUCCUCCGGCAACUUCGUCCUCGUCUCGAACCGAGGGCACGACAGCAUCACCGUUUUCAGAGUGCACUACACGCACGGCCACAGGGGCUUGUUGUCCGUCGCCGUGACGCAGCACACGCGAGGAGCGACUCCCAGGCACUUCCAGUUUGAUAGCUCGGGCCAAUGGCUCAUCACUGCAAACCAGGACUCCGACAACAUUUCGGUUUUCAGAUUCAACCUGGCAACCGGCAAGCUGGAGUGGACGGGCAAUGAGUACGAGGUGCCAUCCCCGAACUUUGUUUGCAGCGUGGUGCCGCACCAGUCCGCUGGGGAAGGACCCCGCUCCAGCCUCUGA